AACCAAAUGGAGUUACCUAUUUAAACCCCUUCCUUAACCCUACCGUCCACGAAUCCAACCAUGGAUCCCCACCGCCGCGCCGCCGCGACCUAUGCAGUUGCUGCUGCGACCUUUAUAGCUCCCGCCCCCGUCCGCGAGAUAACUGCCGCCGUGGCCCACGCAACUGCCGCCGCGGCCCGUGCAGCCGACAACGCGGCCUGCGCAGCUGCAGCCGAUGCAGUUGCCGCCGCGGCCAACGCAGCUAACGAUCCCGUCAGCGACCCAGCUCCUGCCGUCGUCGUCCCCGUCGCCGCCGACCCCGCUGAUCUCGCCGUGAUCCCAUCAACAAGGCCAUCCCGUCAACAACCCCCACUGAUCCCGUCAGCAACCCUCGCCCCCCGUCGAUCCCUUCGAAAACGUCGCCGCAACUGAUCCGAAUUGAUUACUAGUAGCAGUAGAUGAUUCAUGGAUGCUUGGAGGGAUGUUGGCUGCCAGUCCUGGGUUCUGCGUUAUAUCGAUUUUAUUUUCGCUUUACUUGUGUUUUUAGUAUACAACGAUUUUGGUAUUAUAUGAAUUGGUCUGUGUUUGGAGUUUGAUUCGUGGUGUUUUGCUUUCGUACUCUUGUGGUUGUGUAAGCCUAAUUGGCUAGUAAACUUUAGUUGUGGAUUGUGGGUUUCUCUGUGUUUUCUGCUGUGCA